GUGAAUGGUCACCAGCUGGUUGCCUUCAAAAUUUUUUCAACUCACUUGAGGGACUUGUUGUUCAGCUAGCUAACUUAAAUCCAGGUUUUAACAUAAUUGUUGGCGGUGACUCCAACAUUGACGUGUUGAAGGCUGACCGCAGGACAAGGGAGUUUGUUAACCUAUUGAGAUCUCUGGACCUCUAUGUGGCUAACUGGCAGCCCACUAGAUUUGAUGCUUGCCUCGAUAAUGUGAUUACAAAUCUGAACAUUGGCAAUAACAUUAGUUGUUCAAUUGUAAAUCCUCUCCUCAGUGACCACCUGGCACUCGGCUGCAAUGUGGAAUUGCCAACUUCCACCUACCCUGCCUCUAUACCUGCAGGGCGUGAUCGACUCACUUGGGUGCGACCCAUCACACAGGGUGGACGCGAGCGUUUUCUUCAUUAUCUGACUCUGAUUGACUGGAGCUUUCUGAAGGAUCAUCCUGAUGCACAGCCCAAUUUCACGGCGUUUUUUGAUAGACUCCUGACUGGCUUCAACAACUGCUUUCCACUAAAACGUUUCCUCUCUGGAAGGCCUGGUAAACGUGGUGCACUGUGGAUUACGGACGACCUUCUUGACUUGAGAGACCUGGUUCUUAUGGCGUAUGAGCGGUUUCGGGCUGAUCGACUCCUGUCCUCUAAACGGACCUACAUGGGACUGAGGAGAUCAUACCAGCGGGCUGCUCGUGCGGCCAGGAUGCGCUACAACUCUGAGCUGAUUGACCGGGCACCCAAUAGGUGUAAAGCUGCCUGGGGUAUCAUCAGGGCCGCUGCGGGUGUACCAGCUCCUGGUGCUGUUCCGGUAUCUGCGGAUGAUCUUCACGACGCGUGGACCAGUUCUAUUCGCGGUAUCUGCGAGGGGAUCCGAGCUUCCCCUGUGGUGGCGGCGGAUCUGCUCUCGGCUUCGGUUCGGCCCCCCGCUCUUCGGCUGUUGACCUGGCGCCGUAUUACUUGUGAUGAUGUCACUCGAGUUGUGAACUGUUUGAGCAACUCGAGCGUGAUUUUAUAUGGCCUCCCCCUCUGGGGUGGAGCCACAGAUGUCGCCCGAGUCCUUCGUCUCCAGAAGAGGGCCCUGAGGAUUAUUUGUGGGGCUGGUAGAUUAGCCCACUGUCGCCCACUCUUUAUCAAAGAGAGGAUCCUCACCGUCCUCUCCCUCUAUGUUCUCCAUACCCUUUGCAGAACACAUGCGAACGUGGGGUUGCUCGUGACCCGACAGAGCUUCCACCCAUAUGAGACUAGGGGUAGACUCAGGCUGGAUUUACCCUACCAGAGGCUGAGCAGAACUCGGACUGGUCUGGCUCAUAUGUCUAUCAGCCUCUAUAAUAGGCUGCCUCUGUUGGCCAGGGAUCUGCCUGCGGUGCGGUUUCGAGGGGCUCUGAGGAGCCUGCUGACGGAUCACCCUCUGUACUCACUCCGUGAGUUCUGUAUGUUGGAGAGCAGUGUGUUGAACUGGUUUGUCGCCGCUUCAACGGAAUUUGCUAUUAUACCACACAACCUAGAACAUCACCAUCUAGUGAUGUCAUCUCUUAAUCCAAUUUCCAUAAACCAGGCUCCAUCAUAGAUUACUUCUGCUCAGACUUGGAUCACCAUGCUAUAAUAAGUCAAUUGAUAACAUCUCCGAUAUGUCAAUAAUCCUCAUUUUAUAGUAAACCCUUGAGAUUGAAGUGCUAGAUGAAUUACUUGAAAAGGUGACGGUCAACCCGAAUUUAUGUUUCUUGAAUUAUCUUUGUCCGGUUGUGAAUCACCCAGAAUUGUGCAUGGGUUUUUGCCAGAUCAAUGCGAAUGAAGUUUACCAUAAAAAUAUUUUAAGGGACGGUUUCCGAGCUCGGGAUUUAGCUAAGUUCUAGACUUUAAACAGCUGGAGUCAGAAAACUGGCUUUUUGAAACGGGGCCUCGUCGUAG